AUGGGGGGAGCAGUCCCUGACUCUCAGGGGAGGAUCAGAAAACCCAUCUGGGGCUAACACUGCACUCUGCUUCUUCAGAAAACACCCCAAAUUUACUCUGUGGAGCUCAAUGGCGCUAAAGACAUGGAGCAAACAGACAAGGGAGAUGUCAAUAAGAAGUACAGGGGUCUACUGGACAACUGCUUGGAACUCAGAAAGAAUCACCAAAAAGAGGAGCUGAGGAAAGAAAUUGAUCUGGAUGACCACAAGCUCAGCAAUAAGGAAUUGGAAAAUAAAUAUCAUACAAAUAUCAUUACGGGUCUCUCCAGCACCCAAGCUGCUGAGCUCCUGGCUCAGGAUGGACCCAACACCCUCUCCCCUCCCAAGGAAACACCAGAGAUUAUCAAGUUCCUGAAGCAGAUGGUGGGGGGUUUCUCCAUCCUUCUGUGGGUGGGAGCCAUCCUGUGCUGGAUUGCAUAUGGGAUCCAGUACUCUAACAAUAAAUCCUCGUCCCUAGACAAUGUAUACUUGGGCACCGUGCUCAUCCUGGUCGUCAUUUUAACAGGGAUCUUUGCUUACUAUCAAGAGGCCAAGAGCACCAACAUCAUGGCCAGCUUCAGGAAAAUGAGUCCACAGCAAGCACUUGUCAUUCGAGAUUCAGAGAAGAAGAUCAUUCCUGCAGAGCAGCUGGUGGUGGGGGACAUAGUGGAGAUUAAAGGAGGGGACCAGAUCCCUGCAGACAUCAGGCUGCUGUUCACCCAGGGGUGCAAGGUUGACAACUCAUCUCUCACUGGGGAGUCUGAGCCCCAGCCACGCUCCUGCGAGUUUACGCACACCAACCCCCUGGAGACAAUGAACAUCGGCUUCUAUUCUACUACCUGUCUGGAAGGCACAGCAACUGGCAUGGUCAUCAACACGGGUGACCGCACCAUCAUUGGUCAGAUCGCCUCACUGGCUUCAGGAGUUGGGACUGAGAAGACACCCAUUGCCACUGAGAUCGAGCACUUUGUUCACGUGGUAGCAGGAGUGGCCAUUUCCAUUGGCAUCAUUUUCUUCAUCAUUGCAGUGUCCAUGAAGUACCAUGUCCUGGACUCCAUCAUCUUCCUCAUUGGUAUCAUUGUGGCCAAUGUGCCUGAGGGCCUCCUGGCCACUGUCACUGUGACUCUGUCACUGACAGCAAAACGGAUGGCCAAGAAGAACUGCCUGGUGAAGAACCUGGAAGCAGUGGAGACACUGGGUUCCACCUCCAUCAUUUGCUCAGACAAGACGGGGACUCUGACUCAGAACAGAAUGACCGUAGCCCAUCUGUGGUUUGAUAAUCAGAUCUUUGUGGCUGAUACCAGUGAAGACCAUUCAAAGCAAACCUUCGACCAAAGCUCUGGAACCUGGGCCUCCUUAUCAAAGAUAAUCGCAUUGUGUAACCGAGCUGAGUUCAGACCAGGACAGGAAAGUGUCCCCAUCAUGAAGAGAGUUGUGGUUGGAGAUGCCUCAGAAACUGCUCUUUUGAAAUUCUCAGAGGUGGUUUUGGGUGAUGUGAUGGAGAUUAGAAAAAGAAACCACAAAGUAGCAGAAAUCCCUUUUAAUUCAACCAACAAAUUUCAGCUCUCCAUACAUGAGACAGACAACCCCACUGACAAGCGCUUCCUCAUGGUGAUGAAAGGGGCUCCUGAGAAGGUCUUAGAGAAGUGCAGCACCAUCAUGGUCAAUGGCAAGGAGCAGCCACUGGACAAGAGCACAGCUGAGGCCUUCCACACUGCUUACAUGGAGCUGGGAGGUCUAGGGGAGCGUGUAUUGGGUUUCUGUCAUCUCUACCUACCAGCAGACGAGUUUCCAGAAACCUAUUCAUUUGAUGUUGAUGCCAUGAACUUCCCUAUGUCCAAUCUCUGUUUUGUCGGGCUCUUGUCAAUGAUUGAUCCCCCUCGGUCCACUGUCCCAGAUGCAGUCACCAAAUGCCGGAGUGCAGGUAUCAAGGUGAUUAUGGUUACAGGCGAUCAUCCAAUUACAGCCAAAGCUAUCGCCAAGAGUGUAGGUAUCAUUUCAGCCAACAGUGAGACUGUGGAAGACAUUGCAAAACGCCUCAACAUUCCUGUAGAGCAAGUUAACAAAUGGGACGCUAAAGCUGCAGUGGUAACUGGCAUGGAGCUGAAGGACAUGAGUGCGGACCAGCUGGAUGAGGUCUUAACCAGCUACUCAGAAAUCGUCUUUGCCCGAACCUCCCCCCAGCAGAAGCUGAUCAUUGUGGAGGGCUGUCAGAGGCAGGGUGCAGUUGUUGCUGUGACUGGGGAUGGAGUGAAUGACUCUCCAGCUCUAAAGAAGGCAGACAUUGGGAUUGCCAUGGGGAUAGCAGGUUCAGAUGCUGCCAAAAAUGCAGCCGACAUGGUCUUGCUGGAUGACAACUUCGCAUCUAUAGUCACUGGGGUGGAGGAAGGUCGCUUGAUCUUUGACAACCUCAAGAAGACCAUUGCAUACACCCUGACCAAGAACAUCGCUGAGCUGUGCCCCUUUCUGAUCUACAUCAUUGUUGGGGUGCCCCUGCCCAUAGGCACCAUCACCAUCUUGUUCAUUGACUUGGGCACGGACAUCGUUCCCUCCAUCGCCUUAGCUUAUGAGAAAGCUGAAAGUGACAUUAUGAACAGGAAGCCUCGCCGCAAGAACAAAGACCGACUGGUGAACAAGCAGCUUGCCCUAUACUCUUAUCUCCACAUCGGCCUCAUGCAGUCCCUGGGAGCUUUCCUUGUGUACCUCACUGUGUAUGCACAGGAGGGCUUCAGACCCAGCACUCUCAUUAACCUCCGGGUGGAAUGGGAGAACGACUCUGUGAACAACUUAGAAGAUAGUUAUGGACAAGAAUGGACGCAUUACCAGAGGAAGUACCUAGAAUGGACAGGCUAUACAGCUUUUUUUGCUGGCAUUAUGGUCCAGCAAAUAGCAGAUCUGAUCAUCAGGAAAACCAGGAGAAACUCCAUCUUUCAGCAGGGUCUCUUCAGAAAUAAAGUCAUCUGGGUAGGGAUUAUCUCCCAGAUUGUCAUCGGUCUGAUCCUCUCCUAUGGGCUUGGAAGCAUCACAGCCCUGAAUUUCACCAUGCUCCAGCCUGAGUACUGGUUUGUGGCUGUGCCCCAUGCCAUUCUCAUCUGGGUGUAUGAUGAAGUGCGGAAACUUUUCAUCAGACUCUAUCCUGGAAGCUGGUGGGAUAAGAACAUGUAUUAUUAA